AUGCGCCCAGGUGCGACAGGUAGGCCCGCCCCAACGCCCUCCGCGCGCCGCGCUCACCUGCCGUCCCUCAGUCCAUCGCAACACGCCGAACUGGCGACUUGUGCUCCGCGCACUCCUCACGCGUGUUCUCGCUUUCGACAAUUCCCUAUAACUUGCUUUCGGACGGCGGCGUUUCCGUCGAAGUUGUGGUGGGCCGCGGAUGCGGUGUUAAGAAGAGCGGGCAGGCCUCCAGGAGGCCCUCGGCACGCUGUUCCCGCAGCCGGUUGGGUGCGUGUCCUACGCAACGCCGUGUACUUGUUGCCCGCCGCUGUUCCUGCAACAUCCACUUCCUCUGCCCUUACCCAUCCCGCUGCCCGUCGCCUUCCCGAUACAGUCCUUAGACCCUGUCGCUAA